AAAUUGUGUGUAUAAGCUACAUUAUCCAAGAUGUCUAGCAUGAAAUCACGCCGGAAGAAGGGUGGGCGCGUGCAGCGUCUUACGUCAAAUGUAUUUGCCAUGUUUGACCAGGCACAGAUACAAGAGUUCAAGGAAGCUUUCAACAUGAUUGAUCAAAACAGAGAUGGUUAUGUUGAUAAAGACGAUCUGCAAGAUGUCAUGGUGUCCCUAGGCAAGGAUCCCUCCGACGAUUAUUUAGAGAAGAUGAUCGCUGAAGCUCCUGGACCAAUCAACUUUACCAUGUUCCUGACCUUAUUCGGUGACAAAUUGAAUGGAACUGAUCCGGAAGAGGUUAUUCGGAACGCCUUUACUUGUUUCGAUGACAAACAUUCCGGUUAUCUGCCCGAGGAAUACCUCCGCGAGUGUUUGAUGUCCAUGGGCGAUCGGUGGUCUGAGGAUAUGGUUGAUGAACUCUUUCACGGGGCCCCAAUUAAAGAUGGCCGCUUUGACUACAACGAAUUCACGCGUACACUGAAACAUGGAUCACGUGACAAGAAGGAUGACGACAUACCGGAUAUUCAACCUGAGUCGCAGAAGACACCCCCGGAAGUACCACCAAAACCUUCGAAAGCUUAGAGUUUCUUUUUUUAUCUCAUAAAUAUGGUGAAUAAUUCCAAAGUUUAUAUUUCUUAUUUUUAUCAUUUACAACUUUAAGAUUUGUGCAUUCGCCUUUUGAAGUAAACCAGAAACCAGUUUUGUUUGUUCGUCUCUUUAAACAAAAAAUGGCUCAACUAAACUUAUGUAAGCGGGACCACUAUGUGUUGUCAAAAAUUCUCUAAAAGUUAGAUGACGCAGAACGAAACCCCUCUUUAUCAAGCUGAUUAGAUCAAUAUUUUAUCUAGUAUUUUAUGUUCUACAUCAGUAUUUUAUGUUGUCUGGUGCUCUUUCCACCAUUUUCCGCAGUAACAUAAGUAGGGAGCCAGACAACGUUUUUAUUUAUACAACAUUAUCUUGCGACAAAACGCCUACAAUCAAGAAAUAUCAGUGAAAAAAUCUCUAAAAAUGUGUCUUUCUAAUGGAAAACGGUGGUCUUCAGUAAAAAGUCGCAACUUUUCGACCCUUUCGCCAAUUUCGGAUAAAGUUUACAAAUGAAACAUUAUAACUGCAUUAAUGGCGGAUCUUUCCUUUCUCAUAAACUACGAUUUUGUUUAUUUAAAUUUUCUAAAUGUUUUAUGACUUUUUGAAAUAUCUGAACUAUUUUGAUUAGCAGACUUUUUCAUAUUUAAUUAGCAGAGUUUUACUAUGUGUUUGGUCAUUAAAAACAAUGCAUUUAUUGUAAGCUCAUAUGUUACUGCUUAAACAAUAAAAUAUAUGAAAAGAUA